CUCCUCAGAACGCAGGGGAUUUACUGAGCAAAUACAUUGACCUUUCAUUUGCCAAUAGUUCACCUUCGUCAUCAUUAACCAUGAAAGAAAAAGAAGGAAACCACCCGUGCAGUCCAAGAACAUCAACAAUUAAAGGAAAAAAGCCUUCUUUUUUAUUUCCCCAGGCUGGAAAGAUAAUUCCUGAUACCCCCGAAGGUAACGGACAUCUGCAAACCCCUAGAGACGACAUAAUUCAACGUACUCUGAAAGAUGAGAGAAAUCUACAUACCUUUGAAGACGACAGAAUUCCAAAUACACAUGUAGACAACAGAAUUCCAAAUACACCUGGAGAAAAUAGAAAUCCAAAUACACCUGUAGACAACAGAAUUCCAAAUUCUCCUGGAGACGACAGAAUUCCAAACAGAACUGAAGCCAACAGAAUAACAAAUUCACCUGGAGACGACAGAAUUCCAAACACAACUGAAGACAACAGAAUUCCAAAUACACAUGGAGACAACAGAAUUACACAUACCCCUGGAGUCAACAGAAUUCAAAAUACACAUGGAGACAACAGAAUUCCACAUACCCCUGGAGAAAACAAAAUUCCACAUACUCCUGGAGACAAUAGAACUCCACAUACCCCUGGAGACAACAAAAUUCCAAAUUCACCUGGAGACGACAGAAUUCCAAACACAACUGAAGACAACAGAAUUCCAAAUUCACCUGGAGACGACAGAAUUCCAAACACAACUGAAGACAACAGAAUUCCAAAUACACAUGGAGACGACAGAAUUCCAAACACAACUGAAGACAACAGAAUUCCAAAUACACAUGGAGACAACAGAAUUCCACAUACCGCUAGAGACAACAGAAUUCCAAAUACACAUGGAGACAACAGAAUUCCACAUACCCCUGAAGACAACAGAAUUCAAAAUACACAUAGAGACAACAGAAUUCCAAUUCCACCUGAAUAUAUAGGUAGAAAAUCAUUUAAAAAUACAAAAACUACAGUGCAAAGCUAUUUAUGUGCAAAACAUUAAAUUCAAACCUCUAACACUUCUUGCAAUAUAAGGCGUGACAGACGGACGGACAGCAGCUAUACAGAGAAAAG